GUGGUGGAGAUGAAUAGUACUGGAGGUGGGGGUGGGGUUGGGGUUGGGGGUAACAGUACUGGGAAUCUGAUGGGAAUGGGGAUGGGGAUGAGGUCACCUUUUACAGUGUCUCAGUGGCAAGAGCUGGAGCAUCAGGCCCUGAUCUUCAAGUAUAUGAUGGCAGGCAUGCCUGUGCCUCCUGAUCUCGUGCUUCCUAUUCAGAAGAGUUUUGACUCCAUCUCUCAGAGAUUCUUCCAUCCCUCCAUGGGUUAUUGUUCCUUCUAUGGGAAGAAGGUGGACCCGGAGCCAGGACGCUGCAGGAGGACUGAUGGCAAGAAAUGGAGGUGCUCAAAGGAUGCAUACCCCGACUCCAAGUACUGUGAGCGCCAUAUGCACCGUGGCCGCAACCGUUCAAGAAAGCCUGUGGAAUCACAAACAAUGACACAGUCAUCGUCAACUGUGACAUCCUUGAUUGUCUCCGGAACCAGCAGUGGAACUGUGAGCUUCCAGACCCUUCCAUUGAAUUCCUUUGGGAAUACGCAAGGCGCCAGUUCCGGAACCAAUCAGUCUCAUUAUCAAAUAGACUCCAUUCCCUUUGGAAUCCCAAACAAAGAUUAUAGGUAUCUUCCAGGACUUAAACCUGAUAUGGGUGAGCAUAGUUUUCUCUCUGAUACUUCAGGAAGCAACAGGGGUCUCCACAUGGACUCUCCAUUGGACGGUACAUGGCCUGUGAUGCCAUCCAGAGUUACCUCAUUUCCUACAUCAACAUCGGGUGAUGGCUCUGUAUUGCAGAAUGAUUAUCGACAGAAUUCAUUUUUCAAUAAUGAUUUCCCCUCGGGGGAACCUUUGAAACAUGAAGGUCAGCCUCUCCGACCUUUCUUUGAUGAGUGGCCUAAAGGCCGAGAUGCCUGGUCUGGUCUUGAGGAUGAGAGAUCCAACCAAACCUCAUUCUCCACAACCCAGCUCUCAAUAUCAAUUCCAAUGACUUCUUCCGACUUCUCUGCAACAAGUUCUCAAUCUCCACAUGAUAAUUGACAGAAGCACGGGAAGGCUAGCAGAAGUUGUAGCAUGUGGUA